ACGGCAUUUUCAUUGCGAGUUAUGACCAACCCGGAUUCUUGCUGAAUUGUUGCCUGAACUUGCCGAAAAUUUGCCGAAAUUAUGAAAUCCACGAGCACCAUCAAAGAUAGCGGAUUCGGUCGACGUCAAAUUUCGUCACCUGCUUGUAGAAUACCAAAAUUUGACACGCUUUUGGACUCCCUUUAUUAUCCGAUGGAUAAGAUGAAACCGAUGAAACCGCGUCGACUCGUUCUCCCGCGAAGUUGACGCUUCUCCCUCUCCGCUCUCAAACCUUUGACCCCUCAGUCAUCUCAGGCUCCUCCUGAACUUAGGGUUUCAAAAUUAGGGUUUGUUUCUGUUCAUUUUUAUUCAAGAUUUGGGUUUUCUAAUGUUAAUUUAUCCGAAGAAGUGAUCGUGGUUCCUCAAGUGUGAUCUGAUUCCACUUCGGCUCUAGUAUCUGACUUUGCUGAGUUAUUUGUAUGUUUUGAAAAGGAGCAUCAAAUUACUUUGUAUCUUUAUUACACGGGAGUUUCUUCUUGGCUGUCCCAUUAUGAGUUUUGUUUUCCGUGGGACUCGUGGAGACAUAGAAAAUGGCUUUUCUGGAUUCAUACCUGAAAGGCGUGCUGUGCGUAUACAUACAGGACGGCCAGUUCACACAAACUCAAUGGCAUUCCUUGUUACAGCAGUUCUUUUGCUAUUCAUGAUUUUAAAUUCACAUCAAAUGUCACCAAACUUCCUGCUUUGGCUUGGAUUGGGUGUUUUCUUAAUGGCGACAAGCCUUAGGAUGUAUGCAGUUUGUCAGCAACUCCAAGCUCAUGCUCAAGCUCAUGCUGCAGCAACAGCCAGCGGUCUAGUUGGCACUGAGUUGCGGUUGCAUAUGCCACCAUCGAUAGCAUUUGCAACGAGGGGGCGACUCCAAGGCCUUAGACUUCAACUUGCUCUGCUUGAUCGUGAGUUUGAUGACCUAGACUAUGAGACACUGAGAGCACUGGAUUCAGAUAAUUCUCCUAGUGCUCCCUCGAUGAGUGAGGAAGAGAUUAAUGCCCUCCCUGUACACAAGUAUAAAGGCCAAUCUCAUCAGGUCCCUUUGAAUGGUCCUCGAAGUGAAGGUUCGUUGAUGCAGCAGGCUCCAUCAUCUUCAGUCACCAAUGAGAAAAAGCAAGAGAUUGCAAAAUCUGAGGGUACUUCAAAAGCAGUAGAAGAAGAAUUGACGUGCAGUGUUUGCUUAGAGCAAGUCAUUGUCGGUGAGGUAAUUCGUAGCUUGCCCUGCUUGCAUCAGUUUCAUGCAAGUUGCAUCGAUCCAUGGCUACGGCAACAGGGUACUUGCCCAGUCUGUAAAUUUAGAGCUGGUUCCGGUUGGCAAGAACCUGGGGAAAACGAACUCGGGGGCUCUUAUAUGGUGUGAUUUCAUGCUUCAUCCUUAUAUAUAUUACUGUCCCUUGCUCAAUUUGGGGGAAUCUCCACAUAAUACAUGUAUACGGAUGUGCAUUGUUUUAACAUAAAGUUUAAUUUCCAACAUAUUGUGAAACAAAUCUGUGCUUUGGUUAUUUGUCACUAUCACUUAUUCUAACAUAUAGCUUCUUCUUCUCUUAAAUCUUUUUAUACGAGAAAAACCUUUUUUUUG